CAAUCAAUUAUAUCCAAAAUCUCGCCAUGGCUUCCCCAUCAGAUAUCCGGGCGGUCCUGGAAAAGGACUCACACCAUGUAUUUAAGUGUGAGUCUUUUCCCAAAUCUUCCAUAUCAUUUCUCCAUCUAUAUUCUUUUUGCCCAUCUCGACUAUUGGUUACCAAAGGGAGUACUCAUCAUUUGCAGCAAUUACUCUUAAGCUAUAAAUAAUCAUUGGGCGUGGUACCGUACCAUCACAACAUGAACAACCAGUCCCUUCUGCAGUAUCUCUCUAUUGCCCUCCCGACAAUCCCUCUUCAGGGUGUAGCCCCAUCGCGGAAUACAACGAAUCCCCGCUAUGGUGCCGCAGAUAUUACUCAGGUUGUUGAUUGGGCAGAGUUCAGCUAUGCGACGAUCAUCCAACGAUACGGCGGCAUUUUGAAUGCAAAGCAAAUCGCAUCCGACCCCUUCAGAUCUCCUCCUGCUGCCAUCAGGGAUGAACCUCACUUUCAUCUUCGAUUUGCCGAGCUGCUUCUACCCCGCGUCAGGCGCGCACUUCGAGCUGGGUUCGAGGAGCUCGCACCCCGGCUUCAGCAACUCAGCCUUGUGCCUAUCACAUUUGACGGCGGAGGGUCGGCAGCGUUCAUCGACCAGUUUCGACCAGAUACUGCCUUCGUUAUCCUCGGGGGCACCUACGCCGACAGCACGAACCGAGCCCCAGGAGACAUCAAGGUCUCGUGGAAAUGGCGUUCUGACUUCCGGCAUUCGCCGAUCCCCGCCGUCCAAGACCAAUACAAACAGGUCUUGUCGCAGGUGAAAUUCUAUAUGGACCAGCACAACGCGCGACAUGGCUUUGUACUUACCAACACCGAGUUGGUUGCAGUCAAACGUCUCGAUAGAAACGGCCGUCUAGCCGUCUCUGUGGCUAUCCCCUGGACAGCCGGAGGCCAUGGUCAACUCACUGUACUGAUGGGCAUGUGGUAUCUGGGGAUGCUUGCAGCCGAAGAAGGGAACUGGACCCUGUAGUCCAGCUAGACCGCUCGUUUCUCAUUAUAGAUGGUACUAUGGUUUAUUGAUGUAUCAAAUUGGGAGUUACAACCCUAUCGUCAAGUAGUCGAAUAUUUUCGGUCUGCAUUCUCAUAACAAAAAGCCUAUAUCGAUGAAUAAAGAACUGGGGUGUGCUUGUGUCUGUUAGCCUCUCAUCUUCCAUGUUUUGAUCGGUCGGUCACAGGCUGUCUAAUAUCUGUGCAGUCUCAGCAAUUCUCCGAGGACUUUGGAGGUGAUCGCAGGACUUCCUCGAUCAGGCUGGUCCAGUUCAUAGUACUUCGUCCGCGAUGCGAU